GAAAUCAUGGCUUCUGCCCUCUUGAAGUGUAACGACUCUCGCCGAGUAUUCGUGGUGGGGGUUGGCAUGACCAAGUUUAUGAAGCCUGGAGAAAAGAAUUCAAGAGACUAUCCUGAAUUGGUCAAAGAAGCAGGCCAGAAUGCUUUAGCUGAUGCACAGAUUCCUUAUUCAGCAGUGGAACAGGCAUGUGUUGGAUAUGUUUAUGGUGAUUCUACUUGUGGGCAGAGGGCUAUCUAUCACAAUUUGGGAAUGACUGGAAUUCCUAUAGUCAACGUUAACAAUAACUGUUCUACUGGUUCUACUGCUUUGUUUGUGGCCCGGCAGCUGAUUCAGGGAGGUUUGGCAAAUUGUAUUUUGGCUCUUGGGUUUGAGAAGAUGACCAAAGGAUCCAUUGAAAUGAAAUUUCUAGAUAGGACCAAUCCAAUGGAUCAACAUUUUCAGCUCAUGAUCAAUAAAUAUGGAUUGUCUGCACACCCGUUUGCUCCUCAGCUGUUUGGACUUGCUGGAAGAGAACACAUGGAACAGUAUGGGACUAAAAUUGAACAGUUUGCAAAAAUUGGGUGGAAAAAUCAUAAACAUUCAGUUAAUAACCCAUAUUCCCAGUUCCAGAAAGAAUACAGCUUAGAUGAAGUGAUGAAAUCUCAAAGAGUUUUUGGUAUUUUGACUAUGUUACAAUGUUGUCCCACUUCAGAUGGUGCUGCAGCGGCAGUUUUGGCUAGUGAAGCAUUUGUGAAGAAUUAUGGCCUGGAAUCCAAAGCUGUGGAAAUUUUGGCACAAGAGAUGAUAACCGAUUUCCCAAGCACAUUUGAAGAAAACAGCAUGAUUAAAGUGGUUGGUUUUGAUAUGAGUAAAGAAGCUGCCAGAAGGUGUUACGAGAAAUGUGGCCUGAAACCAAGUGAUAUUGAUGUAAUAGAACUGCAUGAUUGCUUUUCUGUCAAUGAACUUCUUACUUAUGAAGCAUUGGGACUUUGUCCAGAAGGACAAGGUGGAAAACUGGUUGAUAGAGGAGAUAAUACUUAUGGAGGAAAGUGGGUCAUAAAUCCAAGUGGUGGAUUGAUUUCAAAAGGACACCCACUGGGAGCUACAGGUCUGGCUCAGUGUGCUGAACUCUGCUGGCAGCUGAGAGGGGAAGCCGGAAAAAGGCAAGUUCCUGGUGCAAAGAUUGCUCUGCAGCAUAAUUUAGGCCUUGGAGGAGCUGCAGUUGUAACACUGUACAAGAUGGGUUUUCCUGAAGCUGCCAGUUCUUUUAGAACCUAUGAAAUUGAAGCUGCUCCAACCAGUUCUGCAUCUGAUGGAUUUAAGUCAAAUCUUGUUUUUAAAGAGAUUGAGAAGAAACUUGAAGAGGAAGGGGAACAGUUUGUAAAGAAAAUUGGUGGCAUUUUUGCCUUCAAGGUGAAGGAUGGCCCUGGAGGUAAAGAAGCUACCUGGGUGGUGGAUGUGAAGAACGGCAAAGGAUCAGUACAUCCUAACUCAGAUAAGAAGGCUGACUGCACAAUUACAAUGGCUGACUCAGACUUAAUAGAUUUAAUGACUGGCAAAAUGAAUCCUCAGUCGGCCUUCUUUCAAGGCAAAUUGAAAAUCACUGGCAACAUGGGUAUGGCUUUGAAGUUACAAAAUCUUCAGCUUCAGCCUGGCAAAGCAAAGCUGUGAAGAAUUCCCUUUGGCCAUUUUUGAAAAUCAAGAUGAGACACAUAGAAAUAUAUCCAUAUGUUUCAUUGUCAGAAAUUAGACUGAAACUCAGCAUUGGCAAAUAGCAUGGGGUAGAUUUGUUUUGAAAUGGGUGUGACCAAUCCUGUUUUCCCUAAGCUGUGGGUGAAUGAAGCCUGGUGGUGCCCUACUGCUUUGCUGAAUUGUAUACAACUGUGCAUCGCAAAGUUAAUAUGGUAGUUAUGGUUUGAGGUAACAUGGAGUUUCAGAAUAAAAUUAGGAAUAGUAAAAUCCAAAAACUAUGUAAACAAAACUCUCACUUUGCUUACAAAGUAUAUUUAAGGAUUAUUCUGCUGAAGAUUCAGUUUAAGAGGUUUUUUUGGGGGAGAACUAGGGAAAAAACAGCCUACCUGUAAUUAGUGUUGUGCACUUAAUAACCUUAAUCUAUUUUCCAUUAAUAGUUUUUAAAAUUCUGUACUGGGAAUUAAAAUUAAAAGAAAAAAAACACUUUUUAAUUUUGCAUUGAUGCACUCAAAGUGGUAUUUUCUUCCCAAAUCAAA